UACGACAAUAACAUAACCAACAAUAACCACUUGGUGAUGUUCAAGUCAUCAGAUAUCAUCGACAAAGACACUAGACACUUGACUGGAGAUCGUAAAAAACUGCGAGCACGUGGAAUUCGUAACUAUUUCGCGUAGAUGUGAUUUAAGAAUGUAAACAACAGGUGUGGAGAGGGAUUCUUGGAUUUUUUGGAUCGCAUUGGGGGGUUUCUACAAGUAGAAAAGAGGAAUACAAUGUUUGGUGCAAUUACUGUUCGUGCAGUUUGAAAUCUUCGAGGGAAAUUGUUAUUGAUGAGUCCAUUGACGUAACCUCUGAUUUAUUUGGCCAUGACGAUGGAGAAGUGUCGAUUGUGUGGAGAGGAGAGCAGCAGUUUAUCACCCAUUUUCAGUGGUAAAUUUAAUAUCGCUGGGAAAAUAGUCACGUGUCUUCCGAUUAAGGUUGUGGAGAACAAUGAUCUACCCCAAGAAAUCUGUGAUUCGUGUGGCAAUGUCGUUGACAUUUGCUACAAAAUGAUCCUCAAAUCGAUGGAGAUUGAUUCAGAAUUCAGAAACGGUGUGAUAAAAAAUUUAGAAAACCAAAAGUCAAAUGUCAAAGGUCUUCGUGAUGGAAAAUUGGAUCCACAAGUUUUACUGAUAUCCCACAAUAAAAAUCAUGGAGAUUCUGUUAAAAAAAGGGUAGUGGUUAAAAAUCAGGAGGAGAGAAUGGAAAUUGAUAUUGAACCUCAUUCACUUGUAGCUCAGGAGAGAUUUUUCGACAAGGACAUGAAAAUUUAUUGUUAUUCUGAGGAUAAAGACGACAUGAGGAGUGAUAUACUCAGGAAUUUGUUGUCACAGAGGUCUCAGAGGAAGACUAUUUUGAAUGAACACUCGUAUGCAUCGACACCUGCAUUAUCUUCACCAGUGGCUGAUGUGAAAAUCAAUCUGAAUAAUCAGAAUCAGAAAUUGAUUAUUCCUAAGAGGAAUUUACCUGUCCUGGGGGAUCACAAUUACUUCAAAAAAAUCAAUGACUCACAGUUGAUCGAUUACUACGACAAAUUUCACACACAGAGCAUGGCAGUCGACCAUGAUUAUUACGACAGAAACAUGGAGCAGAAGAAGAAGAUUUGCGUGGACUCAUAUCCCUGCAAACUAUAUUCAAGAGGUUUUACGUCAGUUAUACCCUUGGAGAAACACGAAGUCGUUGAUGGAAUUGCUGAGCCUGAUCACUGGGAUCUCUGUACUGAUAUGAUGAAUACCUCAAUUGCUAAUUAUUCAGAGUGGACGGAGAGUCAGAGACAGGGUUUUUUACUUGUUAAGUGUGAGGAGAUCUUGUGAGUGGCAUUGGGACCUUAGGGCGACAGGUUUGGAAUGGACGCACUGGAAUGACACCAUGGAGGGCAAAAACAUCAUUUUCGUUCGAGCAAGAUGAUUUAAAGAAAUUCUAAUCAUAAGGGGAUUCACUCAACCCAGUAGAAAAUGUCAGAAGAACUUUUUUGUGGCUGGAAUUUCCAGAAAGAAUGACUCUGGACAUUCUAUACUGAAAUAACUCACCAUUUUGCCCUGUUUACUCUUUUGUUUCAGUAUUUGCACUGAAAUCUUUCUGUUAUUCUUCAUUUUUCAUCAUUUAUGUAUCAUUUAUCAACAUUUCAUGCGAACUAACCCAGUGGAAAAGUGUAGACACUUGAAAAGUUCAUUCAUGUCGCUACAUUGUGUUAAUAAAAUUAUUAUAAAACGA